AUGCCCCGGUGUCUCCGGCUCCCGUGCAGCGCCCAGCAGGCCCUGGCUUUGUACCAGCACCUCUUUGGGUGUCCUGCGGGCCUGGGCCAGCUCCAGGCCGCACUGCAGCAGGUGCCGGAGAGCCGGGCCUGUCCCCCGGGCCUGGAGCUGCCCAUCACGCUGCUGGCCAUGGAGCAGAGCCGCUGGGCCCAGGAGCAGCUUCUGUGGGACUUGGAGCUACUGACCGGGGCUGGCUUGGGCCUCUUCUGGCCCCCCCAGGCCCACUCUUCCAGUCUCUGGGGCCGGGGUGUGCGGAGCUGGUGGGACGAGCCUCCCGGGAGCACAGUCGGGGGGCCUGAGCGGAGGGUCCCUUUUCCAGAGCUGAGGACUGGCAGCAGAGGCAUCUCAGGGGAACCAGGAGGCUCAGAGCUCACAGUCAAGGUGCUCGGGGUCCCCAGGACAAGAGUGGCUUGCCCACCUGGUGGGAGGCUGCUGGGGGAGACAGGUCACUUCCUGCCAUCGUGGGGAGGGGGGGGACCCUGCAAAGUGGGGGUCCACUCACAAGCCAGGGACAACGCCGCUGUUUCUUUCCAGGACCUGACCCCGAGGGGAGAGAGGGGUGAAGCAGGGGUGGUGACCCCGAGCGCCCAGGGAACCUCCGGCCUGCCUGAACCCCGAGGCCCAGGCUGGGUGCUGUACGGGGAACGGGGCCGGGAGCUGGCAGAGCUUGAGAAACUGCUGAGGAUUGAGGGUCCUCAGCGCCAGAAGGCGGCGCAGCCUCGGGAAGAGACCCCCGAGAGGCCGAGGGGAGAGGUGUCCGGAGGUCAGAGCGGGGAGGACCCCCGGGGUGAGAGCCCGAGGACAGGGGCCCUCCCGGAGCCGACCCCGCAGGGACAGGAGGAGAGUCUGUCUUCGGGGGGCCGAGCCUCACGGGCCCAGGAGGAAGGCGACAGCCUGGACACUCGGGGGCACUCGGGCAGCUCCCCGGGGGAGCGGACGCCGCAGCCGGGGGGAAGGGAGAGCCCUGGCCCCCGGGGAAGGACCACCCCGCCGCUGCUGCCGGGCCAAGAACCGGGCCCUGCGCAGGAGGGGGCUGGGGGCCCCCAUUCCGCCCGGUGUCCAGGCGCCGCGACGCGGGCGGCCCGCAGAGCAGGGGACUCGGAGCUGCGGGAGGGCCCGGAGUCGGCAGGAAGCCCGGCGCGGGAGGAGGGCGGCGAGGCCGGCGCCCCCGAGCCCCCCCGAGCCCCGCGAGCCGCGUGGACCCGGGCCCCGGGCGUGAGCGCCGCGCAGCAGGAGUCGGCCCUGCAGCGGCUGCUGGAGCUGCACCGCGCGGCCCGGCGCCGGCGAGGGCGCGAGCGCGAGCAGCAGCGGCUGCGGGUCCUGGAAGGACUGCGCAUCGCCAGGAACCGCCGCUGCAGGGUGCACCCCCUGGGGCCUCCGCUUCAGCAGGCGCAGCUCCCGCUACAGGAGGACGCCGCCGGGCAGCGGCGAGCACUGCGGGAACAGCUCCAACAGGUGCACUUGGAGAGGACCAGGCGGCUGUGGACGCAGGGAGCCAGGAACACUCAGAACUUCCAGCAGCUACUCUGCCCCUCCAGCACCUCGGAGCCUGAACUGCUGGAUCCUCAGAAAGAGAUGGGGGCUCUCCAAAGAAACACCUGAAGAGGUCAUUACUCACACACACACACGAAGAU